GUUCAUACUUGACUGUGUUAUCAUCAUCAUCAUCAUAAUCAUCAUAUAUUUCAAUCAACUCUCCAACCCUAAACUAAAGUUCUCUGCUUCUUGAAUCUUGAAUCUUGAAUCUUGAUCAAGAGAAAAAGGAUCAACAAACUUGAUAAUCUCUUUAGCUGUGAACAAGGUGAGAGUUGUUGAGGUUGGAAAGAGAGGGGAAUGUAAAGAUGGUUGUUAGAAAGGUAGGGAAGUACGAGGUUGGCCGGACGAUCGGUGAAGGAACCUUUGCUAAGGUUAAGUUCGCCCAGAAUACUGAGACCGGCGAGAGUGUAGCUAUGAAAGUGUUGGAUCGGAGCACAAUUAUCAAACAUAAGAUGAUGGAUCAGAUUAAGAGGGAGAUAACAAUAAUGAAGCUUGUUAGGCAUCCAAAUAUUGUUCAUCUUCAUGAGGUUCUGGCUAGCCGCACUAAGAUCUAUAUAAUCUUGGAAUUUGUUACGGGUGGUGAAUUGUUUGAUAAAAUAGUUCACCAUGGAAAACUUAGUGAAGCUGAAUCUAGGAGAUAUUUCCAACAGUUAAUUGAUGCUGUCGACUAUUGCCAUAGUAAAGGCGUCUAUCAUAGGGAUCUGAAGCCCGAAAAUCUCUUGCUAGAUUCGCUAGGAAAUCUAAAGAUUUCGGAUUUUGGACUUAGUGCAUUUCCUGGAGUUGGAGUGAGUCUCCUUCGGACAACUUGUGGAACUCCUAACUAUGUAGCACCAGAGGUAUUGGGUCACAAAGGGUACAAUGGUGCUGUUGCGGAUGUUUGGUCUUGUGGAGUUGUUCUAUAUGUUCUAAUGGCAGGAUAUCUUCCGUUUGACGAAAUUGAUCUCACUAGUUUGUAUAGUAAGAUAGAUAAAGCUGAGUUUUCAUGUCCUACAUGGUUUCCAGUUGGAGCAAGAUCUUUAAUUCAUCGGAUCUUGGAUCCAAAUCCUGAAACUCGAAUUGUAAUUGAGGAGAUAAGAAAUGAUGAAUGGUUCAAGAGGGAUUAUAUUCCUGUCAAACCUACUGAAUAUGAAGAUGUUACUCUUGAUGACAUAAAUGCUGCUUUUGAUCAACAUGAGGAAGAAGGGAAUAUUGUUGAUCAAUACAGGAGGAGUGAGGAAGAAGAGGAGAGUCCUCUGACACUCAAUGCAUUUGAUCUUAUAACUCUUUCACAAGGCUUGAACCUUUCAACGAUGUUUGAUCGAGGCCAGGAGGGCUCCUUGAAGCAUCAAACGCGUUUUGUUUCACAGAAACCUCCUAAAGUAGUUUUAUCUACAAUGGAAGUUGUUGCACAAUCUAUGGGAUACAAAACCCACAUCCGAAAUUUCAAGAUGAGAGUGGAAGGCUUGUCAGCAAAUAAGACUUCAUAUUUCUCAGUCAUCUUGGAAGUCUUUGAAGUUGCUCCCACGUUUUUAAUGGUCGAUAUUCAGAAAGCUGUUGGCGAUGGCAGUGAAUACCUCGAGUUUUACAAAAAUUUCUGCAACAAUCUUGACGAUAUCAUCUGGAAUCCACCAAGUAGUGAUAUUUCCAAGUCUCGGGUCGCCAAAACAAGGUCCAAAAGGCGUUGAUUUUUUUUCAUUUCAGUCUAUUGUUUCUAAACAAUGUGCAAUAUACAUAACAUAUUAUCCAAUCGUGCAUACCGUUACAAAUUACAGAAUCCUUGUAUUUCAUUGUUUCUUUCUCGAAACCAUAAUUGUAGGGAAUUGUUUAGCAUAUUCUUUAACAUCAUUCCAACUUACCAA